GCAUUGGAUUUGCAUGUGUGCACUUAAUUGUACUAAAAGAGAUACCAAGUCAGUCUGGGAUUUGGAUGUAACGUCUUGCUGCACGAAAACAGGGUUUAUAAAGACAAGAAACGCUGUCUCCUUUCAGAAGUGGGCGACACAUCAACUGAGGUGUUGAUGCCAUUGGUUACAAAAAGGAACGUCUUGGAAUGUCAUCUACAAUCGAGAGAAAGAGCUUGGAAGCUCCCGAGGAGCCGGUGGACGAGGUCCUGCAGAUGCCGCCCUCCCUGCUGACGUGCGGCGGAUGCCAGCAGAGCAUCGGCGACCGCUUCUUCCUGAAGGCCAUCGAGCAGUACUGGCACGAAGACUGCCUGAGCUGCGACCUGUGCGGCUGCCGGCUGGGGGAGGUCGGCCGCAGGCUCUACUACAAGCUGGGCAGGAAGCUGUGCCGCAGGGACUACCUCAGGCUCUUCGGUCAGGACGGCCUAUGCGCGUCAUGCGAGAAGCGGAUCCGGGCCUUCGAGAUGACCAUGCGCGUGCGGGACAAGGUGUACCAUCUGGAGUGCUUCAAGUGUGCCGCCUGCCAGAAACAUUUCUGCGUGGGUGACCGCUACCUGCUCAUCAACUCGGACAUUGUGUGCGAGCAGGACAUCUUUGAGUGGACCAAGCUCAACAACAUGGCUUAGGCCCUUGCUCCCUGUGUCUCUCUCACGUCUUCCUCACAGAGAGAGAGAGAGAUAUGAACACAGAGGUUAUACAGGGGCAGCUUGUUCUAGCCCCAG